AUGAAGUCCAUCGCCGCCAUCACCGCCCUCUUGGCCGCCGCCGCCGUCAGCGCCGCUCCUGCCGCAGAUGCUAAUCCGCCCGUGGAAAACGUGGAUAUUGUGGACUUUGUGCUCCGUGACACGGUUGACAAGGACGGCCUGACCAAGCUCGACUCGGUCCGAUUUAAUCUCCAACUCGGAAACCAGAUCUACGCCUGCGACGUGCAUGGCGGCGUCUCGUUCCCGAUGGAUACAAAAUUCCCCGUCCGCUGCUCCGCCAAACCAGACUACAGCUGGGCUUUGAUUCCGUACGACGGUCAUGACUUCAAAUACGCCCUCCAGAUCCAUCACUACCGCGGUAAAGGCGUCUACUUCUCUGGCACCGGCGCCAUGCCCACCAACUGCGACAAGCACUAUGCUCCGGGAGCGGGUCACCAUGAAUGCUACGAGACCAGUGUUGCAGUUACCUUUGGCCUUACACCUGCCAAGCCCCAUGCCGAAUAA